AUGCCCGAUCAUGAUGGGCUUAUGAGAAUUUUUUGGCCCUUGGAUUUAUCUAGAAACAAUUCGCCGGGAAUAAUUGUCGGAUGGAGAAACUCGGGGCUUGAUAUAUUUGUUGUAGCGAUCUUGGAGGUUUCCGAUGUGGGUUGAUAGCUUGUUCUUGUAGAACUUGCUAACCAGUGAUCAGGCACGCAAUGUGGAAAAUGCCCUCAAGGUUGGGACAUUAUUUCGAAAUUCCCCUCAUCCAAUAACGAGGAUAUACGAGUUAUGUGGACAAUCAUCAAUACACGUUUUGGGUUUGGCCAAUUCCCCACAGGAGGAGGUUGAAUUGCUCCAAAUUCAUGCAACUACUAGACCAUAUCUAAGGAUGCCCCAAAUAUCUUGCGAAAGAGCUUCGACGAUACAGAUUAUCAUGUACGAGCGCCCUAUGCCAACAAGGAUGCAAUACAUAUCUCUCAACCCCAUUUCCCUGGCACUUGAGGAUAAAGCGGAGAUUGCGGUACACGCACCAGAGAGCAUCGAUGCAGAAGAGGAGAAAGAGGAGAUGAAGAAUCGGGCCCAGACGAAGCAUCUCGUGGAGAAAUUAAAGCUUCAUACGGUAGCCAAACAUCCCCCCUCGCAGAAAGAACUGGCGUUACCAAGAAUCGUGAGCCAGGUCAACUGCUCUUGGGAAUUGCACGAAAUUCUCCACAAGAAUGCAUCUUUGGUGGGAAAUCGUUUGCGUCGAAGUCUGAGUGUAUCGGAAAGGGUAGUCGAAUCUGCAACCAGCAUGAGAGAUUUCGUGAUUGUCACCAUCUGGCAAAUCAUCACAUUGUAUCUCUACCCGAUUGUUCGUCGUGGAUUUGUAAUUGGACUCCUGUGUCACAGAGUUGCUGCUGAGGCACUUCUGAUUGUUCUAGAAUGGCGCGCAAACCCCCAGUAUGCCGCUUUGAAGGAUAUAUCCGCUACAGCUCAACAGGUGGAAAUACGACUUCAGCAGUUUUGCUACUGGCCGAUGCAAUACAUAACACUAAGAAAAAGGAAAGACGACUGGGAAAGUGUGACAACAAGUCACCCAGAUUAUAUCAGAUUUUACAAUAGUCUUUGGUUGGUUGCGAAUGAUGUCAUCAUUGGCAUUGCCUUGGGGUCAUAUAUAAUCGAUAAUUCGGUUUGGGUUGCCGAGUUUAUUGGUGAGAUUCUUGACCUUUACUCGGUUGCUGCACUGCGAAGGACUAUUACUUGGCUGAUGGAUUGGCCAGCUGGUUUGAAGCUCAACAACGAACUGGCUGCUUUCCUGGGCGAUUUGUUCUUGUGGGUCAUAGAUCAUUGGUCGAGUACGUAUACCUCAAGUCCCUCUACUCAUACAAUGUAUUAAUCUUAAUAGGUCUUGUGACCGCUCUUCAGCCUUUUCUACCACACCUCAUCUGGUUUAUUGGAUUCUCCAGCUUUGCAGGUGCCAGCAUGCCAAUCGCGGUAUUCUCAGACCUGCUUUCAAUCCUUACACUCCACAUAUACUCCUUUUAUGUGGCUUCGGCUCGCAUCUUCAACUGGCAAUACACCAUACUUCUCUCACUAUUCCAGCUUUUCCGUGGGAAGAAACAUAAUGUCUUACGGAAGAGAAUUGACUCUUGCGACUAUGAUCUGGACCAACUUCUACUGGGCACUAUAUUGUUCACAUUGCUUUUCUUCUUGUUACCAACUGUGGUAGUAUUCUACCUUACUUUUGCGUGCUCGCGUAUGGCCAUAAUAUCCCUUAAGGCCAUAUUGGAUACCUUGCUUGCAUGCCUGAACCAUUUUCCACUUUUUGCGCUCAUGUUACGAAUUAAAGACUCGCGACGAUUACCAGGUAUGUCUAUUUGUCUGUUCCAUUUGAAUUGCAUACUGAUAUAUAUAGGCGGCAUUCGUUUUGAAUUGAAAGAUACCCAACACCUUACCUCCUCCACAGCAUCUGACUCGCCCGCUCCUCCCCCCACUUCACACAUAUAUCUCAAGGUACGCCAUACUCCUCAUCCUUGAACUUGAGGCUGUCUAACGUUGCUACAUAGUCUGUCCCACUUACCUUCCGCGCAAUGUUCCAUCAAUAUUUCCAACUAGGACAACGAAUUCGCAAACAUUACCUCUCGCCCCGUGUUCUACUCUGUCUGGCGACAGGCAAAUUCGUUCCUCCGAUCCAUCGCAAAAACCUCUACAGCCUCCAGUACAGCAUGCUCCCUGCUCGUCGAGCAAGGGUUGUGGACAUGUGGAAUGCUCUCACAGCUAGCGCGCCGACCAAGGAGAAAAAAGCCGGAUUUGAGAGUAGACACCAUAAUGGACGAAGAUUUAAUGGGUUGAACGGGAGGAAACAUUGAUUUUUGAAAGAUUUGUUUCCCUUGUUUUCUUUUGUGUGUUGAAGAGAUUCUUGUAUAUAUUGCGAAGGAAAUCUUCGCGGGGUGUAAUAAUGGAGACGGAGCGGUGACUUGGUUGAUGGAAGGGUCUUUGGGUCGGCUAGCCUGUCUUAGAUACUUUAAUUGAUGAAAAAAACUCAUGUCUG